UUAAAUCCUUCUAAGAUAUUUUUUAUCGAUAAAAAAAGAAUUAAAAAUUCAAAAAUACUUGAACAAAAUUGCUUUCACUCGGAUUCAUAAACAUUGCUGGCAUUCGGAUUUGCAUUCUGCAUUACAAUUCGGAUAAAUGAAAAUCGCACACAUAUUUCAUCUUUUGCUGAACUUCAAGUUGAUUCAGACAAACCAGGUCGACCUUUCUCUUUUUCGAGAAGAGUGUCCAUGCCUCAAAGCGUACGAUAUUGACCCUUUAUUCGAGUAUUAUGCCUAUAACAUUGAUUCAUGUGUCGUUUACUGCAUUGGAAUCGAGGCUUGUGAGGCUGUCAAUUACUGUAACGUUGUCAAACUAUGCAAGGGUUACAGCAAAUAUGGCAUUGGCUAUGAGCCAGAGGCGAUAAGAAGUGUGAACUGUGCUGACUACCCCUCUUAUGCAUCCACUUCGUCCGAGAGGUGGUACUGGGUGAAAGAAGUGACCGAAGGGAGAACUACAGACUGUCAAAUGGAGCAUGAUGAGAUGGGAUACACACCUGCUUCAAAUAUGAAUUACAAUAUCACAGUUCGUGGAUACCCACUUAAUGUGUUUUGCGAGUGGGGACAAAAUGGGGCUGCCACGAAGACAUUCAUGAACUUACCAUCGUCGUCACCAGCUAUUUCGCACUGGGGUGGUAGUAAUUAUGCACACAAACAGCCACUCGGAACUUCAACGCGCACAUUCCAGAAAGGGAGACUCGUUGUUGACAAGUGCUUUCUGGCUAUCAACAAGAGUGACCGCACUUACUCAGUUGUAUCAGGGGCGGCAUUGCAAACUGACUGGGAGUCUUAUGGCUCGCUUGAUUUUGGCGGAGGAGGAAACUGUUGGAGCACUACGCUUGGAAAGUCCGGAAGACAGGAAAUUGAUUUGCAAAAUACGCCAUUCAUGUUUGCACCUGGUUUCUUUUUUCACGCGGGCGGAUGGGGAGGCCAUUAUCAGGGCCCUCGAGAGUUGGAACCACAGCGUUCACUCUUAGUGGCGGGAGGUGGUUGCGGAGUCAUAGUAACCAUUUCGGGGAAGUUCCCACCAACUGAAGAAGAUUUGAGGUUAAACUACAUUCCUCUCAACAUGUAUGAUCGCACUGGAAUUAUUACGCCUUAAAGCUUAAAAGCAGAAAUGUGAUGAAUAUAAACUCCCUCUUAGCGUGCUAGCUUUAUCGGUUUAGUUGUGUCAUGAUUCAUAGUUCCUUUUUGUAGCCAAUUAGAAUCGAGUUUUGUGCUCACUCGUACCUAAGAAAAUCUUUAAUUCUGCCAAGAAAUACUUAAUGUCCCAUCUCAAUUUCUAGUCAGGA